AUGAAUCGCCUACCGUCCGUCUCCAGCCUCAUGUCUCCCCCCGAGCCAAAACCCUUCGACAGCUUCAACUCUGGUUUUUCGUCAUUGGCAAUGUCUUCAGAAGACGCUGUCAAGUUGCCACCCAUCUCAGACGAUCGAAAACGCAGUCGGUCUGACAUCGACUUGCCCUCGCCACCAGUCACUCCAUAUGCAGGCAACAAGAAAAGGAAGUCAAAUGCCGAGCAGCUGGAGGCUGAAGUGGGUGUUCACAACAAUCGGGAUCCAGUGCUCUUUCCUCGCAACGAAUCGGUCCCAGAUGUUCACAACGAUGAGCCUCUCUUUGGACCAGUCCUCGCCUCAGCUGCUGAGGCUUUGAUCGAUCAGCACAUGAACUCUCAAAUGGCCCGGUUCCACAACAAGGUCAACAAGCCGACUCGGGACGAAUAUAGGCUAGCUCUAUCCUGCGUACCUAUCGUGGCGGCACAAUACAAUCGGGACCCAAUGGCUUGGGCAAGGGAAGAAAGAGAGACGCUGGAACGGCAAAUGGCAAUGAUGGAUCGCGUGGAAUAUCGGCCCGGCAACUUCAAGCGUUUGGCACCUGCACCUUCAAAAAAGACCACUGGUACCGCUCAGUCGCGUGCUGCCAAAACAUCCAGGCCUCGUCGGACACCGAAAUCAACUCCACAACAACGUGUGAUGGACACUUUUGAUAUUGAGUAUUCGCCCUCUUCAAAACCUUUACGAGUCAUUGGCACCAAUCGAGAUGAUACCGACUACAAUUCGCUCAAGGAUUACUCUCCACCACUAGAAACACUCGGAGGCAAUACGAAGGGCCUUAAAGCAGAAUGGAAGGGCCAGAUGCUUGAUCUCAGCAAUGACCCAGACCGCAGUUUACUUGACCCUGCUGAGGUCAAUCUCGCCGCCACUCUGCGACUGUCAUGUGCAACCUAUCUUUGCAGCAAGAGGAGGAUCUUUGAAGCGCGCGUGAAAGCCCUCAGUAUCGGUAAAGAGUUCCGCAAGACAGACGCCCAGCAGGCUUGCAAAAUUGAUGUCAAUAAGGCUAGUAAGCUGUGGACGGCAUACGAUCGAGUUGGCUGGUUCAAGCCUGAGCAUUUUAUCAGAUUCUUGAAGGCAUAA